GUAGUUGAGCACCCGCCAAUAGAGAGUGGUCGUCCCCGUGAUGGUGGCCGAACGCGCUCCAGCAGCCGCGCCAAAUCACGCACGCGACGACUAGCGAUAUUAGUACCACGCACUAGCAUUACCACCGUUACUUAUACUGAGAGGGACAGGAGGACUGGACGCCUACGGCGAACACGAAGUUGAAUAAAGACCGAAGACGAAAAAACGAGAUAACGCACUGCACCACUAGACGGAUAGUGGACGACUAGCAGACGUCGAGCCUUAGCGAAGUGCAGUCUAGCGAAAGCCAGAUCGUACGGUAUUGCAAAGCAACGAAGUCCUCGGCAUGCUUGGCACUCUACGUGCCGCUCUACGAUAGAGCUCGCUGGUCGUAUAUUGCUUGUUGUUGUUGUAAUUGCAAGAAGUGAUCGGUGACGCCUUCACUCUCGUUGUAAGCAAACCUCAGUUUCAGAGGUACCCGCUUAUAAGGACUACGUCAGGAUACGUUCAAGGACCACGUUCAGACCUAAACAUAGAAAAAAAAAAAACAGUGCGAUAACCUCCUGUAUCAUCAGCUAACUCACGGAUUGCCAAACGCGGGGUACAGCAUAACAUAUUGAAGCAAAAUUUUACUUAGCGGAACCAUUUCCGUAAUGAAGUGUUAGUGCCAAGAUCACAUGUGUCGUAAUCAAGAAAUGUUGAGGAGAUCGACGCUUGGCAAACGUUGAUCGCGCAUUUUCAAUACGAAGGAGGCCGAUAUCCUUUCAGGGUGAGUGAUACCGAGUGUGUAAAUUUCUUUGCCUGUGUACACUGUUGUGCCUGUGUGUAAUAUUCAUGCUAUAAAAAUACGAUACUGAUCGUAGAAGGAUUUUUCACCGCCAUUACAAAGAAUUGAUUUCAAGGCUAAAUUUAUGGUAGAGAUACGUGGGCGUCACUUGCCAAAGUCAGCUUGUAGUGGAGAUCGUGUUAACUCUUUUAUUAUUGUUACUCUCAUACAUCGUGUGACCAAGUGCUGCAUAUUGCUUGUUGAAGUGUCUACCAAAAAGUGUUCACCAGGCUAAACACUCAGCGCUUCGCGCUGGGCGAUUUAGACGCAAUGCAUUCAAGUUUGGAUAUGCUUCACAAUCCCGUUGGAGAACAAUCAGUGACAUCCGAGGAUUCGAACCACAGUGAAGCUAGUCAGCAUCUUGCUUCUGCACUUCAUAUGACAUCGGCGGGAGGCAACCCAUUUGGACCUCAUGGGGGCCAGUUUUUAACUUUUGGCAAUCCCUUUGAUCCGUCAGGGGCUGGCUUAUUUAAGGUUCACGAUGACGGCUCGGGCCUGGUUGACAAGAAGCCGUUCGCUGACCAGCUUCAUGAUAAAACUGUGGGAAUGGGCUUCUUCAAGCAACACAUGCACAUGACUGCUGCCGCCGAUUUUCGCGGCAGUAGCGAACCCGACCAUGAAACUGAUCAAGAUCAGGAAGACCAUGAUCACGAUCACGAUGAAGAUGAUUCGAAGGGCCGCGACCGUAAAGACGCUAACACCCAGCUAGCUCUUAGCAAAGACAUUUUCCACGAGCGGAUCUCUGCUUUCAAGCACAAUAUCUCUGGAAGCAAAUCUGCCUCCGUAGAACUAUCUGACAAAACGUUUGAGCACAGUUCUCAGACCAGCAUCAAUUCAGGUACCUCACAUCGGAUAGAUGAUAUCCUCUCCAAGCCCUCAGUUUCCCCAUGUAGUGCAGCGAUGCAAGCGGCUGCAUGCGGACUGCUGGUUCCAUCACCAGCUGCACCAGCAGCCUGGAGUAAUCCAGCAGCUGCACUGUUUCGCGGAGCAGCGCUGGCAGCUGCGGCAGCUGCAGCGGCCCACCAUAACACGCAAGUAAGCUCAGCGCUUGGAGGGGGAGGAAGCCAUGGGGGUAGCUGUGGAUCGCCGGGGCCAGGCAGUCGCAAUGGGCCAGGGACGGGCGCUCACCUCGGCGGUGCUGCUUCGAAAAAACACACCAGACCAACCUUUUCUGGACAUCAAAUAUAUGUCCUCGAGAAGACGUUUGAACAGACAAAGUAUCUCGCUGGUCCUGAAAGGGCCAAGCUCGCUUACGCAUUAGGCAUGAGUGAAAGCCAAGUAAAGGUGUGGUUCCAGAACCGGCGUACAAAGUGGCGUAAGAAGCACGCUGCUGAAAUGGCGUCUGUAAAACAGCAGCAGCAGCAGCAACACCAACACCAGCAGCAUGCGUCAAGUAGGCCUCCUGUUGCACAUGCAGCAGGCGCGAGUCCUGGUAGUCUUACAACGCCUGGACAUCCUGUUGCUCCUCCCAGUGCUCACGGUUUCCUACAAUUCGUUGGUGAACAGGACUCCUCAUGAGAAGCCGAUAGUAACAUCGACAGACACCUCAACGAAUUGAUCACAAGAACCAUGUGUAAGAGAAACAGCGUAUUCUCAUUAGUGGUGAUUUUUUUCUGGUGAACAAACGAUAUAUUAAUACGCAUCCAGUAUUUGUGAGUUAAAACAUCUUUGGAAUUACAUUUAGCCUGCUGUCAGGUUUUAUUGUGUCGUGAGUAUGAUUCGAGAGGGUGCACAAUGAAAAAACAAUUAACGAGCCUGGAAAGAUCUUCCAACUUAAGUCAUAGCAGAAAUAUGCCAAACGUUAGGGGCAGUAUUAUCGCUUGGGUAAGAACUGAGAAAGAGCGUACACUCUGAUCGACUUGUUGGCCUCUAUCUAUUACAUAGCAUUUCGAAUUUCCUCUUGUUCAUUGUAUAUGAUUUGACUGGAAGUGCCACCCUGGCGUCGCGCCAUGGCGACACUGCGAACAAACGAAGCAGCGUUCUGCGAGGCCGAAGAAUGAUGUUGAAACACAUGAAGCUCAUAAGCCUUUCAAUGAAAAGUUCCUCACAAGGAUUAAACCGUUUUUACAAGCGGAAGCUAGAAACGAAGCGAUGGCAAAAAAUGUUUCACUUUAGAUAUUCAAAAUUCUAUGAAAUGGCAUAAAAAUAGAGAAGUAAUAAGAGAUACCUUGCGGUAAUAGUACGUUUAACGGGUAACACCGGUUAGAAAACAGUGCCUGAAGACGAUUGGCUGAAAGCAUAUUGUGAACACUCUCGACUAUAAUAGACUGGUUAGCUACGAAGUGACUGACGAUAAGGUACUUAUCGAAAACGGUCUGUCGUCUAUUAUAUUUGUCAAUAAUCAUUUAUAUGGAUUUUUCAAACGCUGCUCGUUACGGGCAGAAAAAAUCGCUUGCUUAACAGAAUGUCAGUCGAUAGGGAUGAGGUCAUAAAGGGCAACAGGGCCUCUGUGGCCAUCCUUCCACCGAAACAGAAAAGCUGGAAUAACAGGGAUUCUAUAGGUCUAGGUAUAAACAAAGUGGAAAUAGAAUCAAAUAGCGAAAGCGCAGGGACGCAGUUAGUACAUAUACAACUGUAUACAACUACGACGAUAUAUAUAUAUAUAUAUAUAUAUAUACAAUUCUCCAAGAUGGCGUACGAUAAUGCUGCGUUCUAGCUAUGAUCAACAACUAAUACUACAAAUUAUAUAAAAUAGAGAGCGAAGUGUGUUCACUUGGAAGAUUACCAGGAUGGGCAGGUAUUAUUGUACAGAAUGUAUAUACAACACCAAGUGAAUUUACAGUAAUAUAUAUAUAAUAUAUAUAACAUUAGUUCAAGCAGCUAGACGAUUAGGUCCUCAAUGAUGACGAGUCAUCAAAUACACCAAUCUUUCGCCCUAACUAUACGUGUACGAUUCCUCGAAAGUGAAGAUCAGAGCCUACAGGAAGCGCUAAAUUCAGAUCGUUGUAAAACAAAGGCAAGCGAGGAUGUUUAACAUCAGCGAGCGAUCAUCAUAGCGACCUUCUUAGCACAAACGACCUGUCGAAUCGAAGUAUAUAUAUAUAUAUAUAUAUAUAAAUACGUACCGUCGCAAAAAGCGGACAGCUAAAAUUUCUACGAUAGAGGACAUCCGAAAAAACAAUUUUCCAGUAUUUCUUUUCCACGUCAAUCCCAAUGAACCUUUUUAGUGUAUGUUAAAUAAAAUUGACACAAACGAUUAACUAAAUAAUGCCAAUAAAAUGAUGACCGGGAUGACAACGAUUGCAGUAAUAGUAUCGACAGUGCAAUAAUCAGUUGGUAACCAGCGACAUUGCGUGCAAGGAAGCCCCAAUAGUAAGCCCACAAA